CGCUCAGCUGGAGAACGCGGCCAAAGUUCUGAUGGCACCACCUUCCAUGGUCAGUAAUGAACAACGCCAGCAUGCAGAGCACAUAUUCCUAUCAUUUAGGAAAUCCAAAUCACCAUUUGCAGUUUGCAGGCAUAUUUUGGUUCUUCAUGCUUUGGAAGUAACAGUUGAAGAGAGGUGAGGAAAGUUUGUGAAAAUUGUGAUCGGUGAUUAGCUGCCACCUGCCUGAGGUGUCUUCUGAGAGGAACUAACCUCUUUGUGGUGCUAGAGCAAGGUCACUGGAUAAAAAACAGAACAGAAACCAGUAAAGUGGACUAUGUCCUUUUUCAAGCCGCCACAGCCAUAAUGGAAGCAGUUGUCCGAGAGUGGGUACUCUUGGAGAAAGGCAGCAUCGAGUCACUGAGAACAUUCCUCCUCACCUAUGUCCUGCAAAGGCCUAACCUCCAAAAGUAUGUUCGGGAACAGAUUCUAUUAGCAGUAGCAGUGAUUGUAAAAAGAGGAUCAUUAGAUAAGUCAAUUGACUGCAAAAGCAUUUUUCAUGAAGUCAGCCAAUUGAUAAGUAGUGGCAAUCCCACUGUGCAAACUCUGGCCUGUUCUAUUCUAACUGCUCUGUUGAGUGAAUUCUCAAGUUCAAGUAAAACUAGCAACAUUGGACUGAGUAUGGAAUUCCAUGGUAACUGCAAACGGGUCUUUCAGGAAGAAGACCUUCGCCAGAUCUUCAUGUUAACGGUUGGAGUUCUGCAGGAGUUCAGCAGGCGGGAGAACCUCAGUGCUCAGAUGUCCUCAGUGUUUCAGCGGUACCUUGCACUCGCAAACCAAGUCCUGAGCUGGAAUUUUCUCCCUCCAAAUUUGGGCAGACAUUAUAUAGCUAUGUUUGAAUCCUCACAAAAUGUGCUAUUGAAGCCAACAGAGUCCUGGCGGGAGACUCUUCUGGACAGCAGAGUUAUGGAGCUUUUCUUCACAGUACAUCGAAAAAUCAGAGAAGAUUCAGAUAUGGCACAGGAUUCUCUGCAGUGCCUUGCCCAAUUAGCUUCUCUUCAUGGACCCAUCUUCCCGGAUGAAGGGUCCCAGGUCGAUUAUCUGGCACACUUCAUCGAGGGUUUGCUGAGCACUAUCAAUGGAAUUGAAAUAGAAGACUCUGAAGCCGUGGGAAUCUCCAGUAUUAUCAGCAAUCUGAUAACUGUGUUCCCUCGGAAUGUUCUAACUGCCAUCCCCAGUGAACUGUUCUCGUCCUUUGUGAACUGCCUCACACACCUCACUUGUUCUUUUGGGCGCAGCGCUGCGUUGGAAGAAGUGCUUGAUAAGGAUGACAUGGUAUACAUGGAAGCAUACGAUAAAUUGCUGGAGUCCUGGCUAACUUUGGUCCAAGAUGACAAGCAUUUCCAUAAAGGCUUUUUCACACAACAUGCAGUUCAAGUUUUCAAUUCCUAUAUUCAGUGCCACCUUGCUGCUCCAGAUGGCACGAGGAAUUUGACCGCCAAUGGUGUGGCCUCUCGCGAGGAAGAAGAAAUAAGUGAACUUCAAGAAGACGAUCGAGAUCAGUUUUCUGAUCAGCUAGCCAGUGUAGGAAUGCUAGGAAGAAUUGCUGCUGAACACUGUAUGCCUCUUCUGACAAGUUUGUUAGAAGAAAGGGUAACAAGACUCCAUGGUCAGUUACAGCGACAUCAGCAACAGCUACUUGCUUCACCUGGAUCAAGCACCGUUGACAAUAAAAUGCUUGAUGAUCUCUACGAAGAUAUUCACUGGCUUAUUUUAGUUACAGGCUACCUCUUAGCUGAUGAUACUCAGGGAGAGACUCCGCUAAUACCUCCAGAAAUAAUGGAAUAUUCCAUUAAGCAUUCAUCUGAAGUUGACAUUAAUACAACACUUCAAAUUUUGGGAUCUCCAGGAGAAAAGGCUUCUUCCAUCCCAGGGUACAGCAGAACAGAUUCUGUGAUUAGGCUGUUGUCUGCUGUGCUAAGAGUCUCAGAAGUUGAAUCUCGAGCAAUAAGAGCAGAUCUCACUCAUCUACUAAGCCCUCAAAUGGGCAAAGACAUUGUUUGGUUUCUAAAACGCUGGGCCAAGACGUACCUCCUGGUAGACGAAAAACUGUAUGAUCAGAUAAGUUUGCCAUUGAGCACAGCAUUUGGAGCAGAUACAGAGGGUUCCCAGUGGAUUAUCGGCUACCUCUUACAGAAAGUCAUCAGCAAUCUCUCAGUCUGGAGUAGCGAGCAGGAUCUAGCAAAUGAUACUGUGCAGCUCCUUGUCACUUUGGUAGAAAGAAGAGAAAGGGCAAACUUAGUAAUUCAGUGUGAAAACUGGUGGAACCUAGCGAAGCAGUUUGCAAGCCGAAGCCCACCUCUUAAUUUCUUGUCCAGUCCUGUGCAGAGGACACUGAUGAAGGCUCUGGUCUUAGGCGGUUUUGCACAUAUGGACACAGAAACCAAGCAGCAGUAUUGGACUGAGGUUCUUCAGCCUCUUCAGCAGCGGUUCCUGAGAGUCAUAAACCAGGAGAACUUCCAGCAGAUGUGUCAGCAGGAGGAAGUCAAGCAGGAGAUCACUGCCACCCUGGAGGCCCUGUGUGGCAUUGCUGAGGCCACUCAGAUCGACAAUGUAGCCAUUCUUUUUAAUUUUUUAAUGGACUUCCUUAACAAUUGCAUUGGGUUAAUGGAAGUUUACAAGAAUACUCCAGAAACUGUCAAUCUCAUUAUAGAAGUUUUUGUUGAAGUUGCACAUAAACAGAUAUGCUAUCUUGGAGAGUCCAAAGCUAUGCAUUUGUAUGAAGCCUGCCUUACUUUGUUGCAAGUAUAUUCUAAGAAUAACUUGGGGCGGCAAAGGAUAGAUGUCACAGCGGAAGAGGAGCAGUACCAGGACCUGCUUCUCAUUAUGGAGCUCCUCACCAACCUCCUCUCAAAGGAGUUCAUAGACUUCAGUGACACAGAUGAAGUGUUUAGAGGACAUGAGCCAGGACAAGCAGCAGGCAGAUCUGUGUCAGCAGCUGAUGUCGUUUUAUAUGGAGUAAACCUAAUUCUGCCCUUAAUGUCACAAGAUCUUUUGAAGUUUCCAACCCUUUGUAAUCAGUAUUACAAAUUGAUCACCUUCAUUUGUGAGAUUUUUCCUGAAAAAAUACCCCAGCUUCCUGAAGAUCUAUUUAAGAGUCUGAUGUAUUCUCUAGAACUAGGAAUGACAUCAAUGAGUUCAGAAGUAUGCCAGCUCUGCCUGGAGGCCUUGACACCGUUAGCUGAGCAGUGUGCCAAAGCACAAGAAACAGAUUCACCACUCUUUCUAGCAACUCGGCAUUUUCUUAAGCUGGUUUUUGAUAUGCUGGUCUUACAAAAGCACAAUACGGAGAUGACUACUGCAGCGGGCGAAGCGUUCUACACAUUGGUGUGUUUGCACCAGGCUGAAUAUUCUGAACUGGUUGAGACAUUACUAUCAAGUCAACAAGACCCACUCAUUUACCAGAGAUUAGCAGAUGCCUUCAACAAGCUCACUGCAAGCAGCACUCCUCCUACCCUGGACCGGAAGCAGAAGAUGGCCUUCCUAAAGAGUUUAGAAGAAUUUAUGGCAAAUGUUGGUGGUCUCCUUUGUGUAAAAUAAACAACAGAGCUAUAUGCUUAACUUAGAUCCUUUCUGCAAAGUGCACUGAAUUGCUGAAAGUUGACUUGAGUCUUGUCCGGUUCCUCAGUUCAUUUGACCAUUUUGGAUUUUGGAGAGCCUGGGACUUUGAUGUGGAGUUCAGUAAAACAGGAGAGGUCAACUUGAAAUCAGCUUCUGUCAUUAGGUGUUGGCCAUGAUCUGCCAUACACUUGUCUUCUAGAUUCUGAAUGGUGAUUUAAAUAAAUUUUCAAGAUGCAAUUCCAUAUAUGUGCAAACACAUAUGGGCACCAUGAAAUUCAUAUUCAGUGCCUUUCCCCCUUUUAUCAAAUCAUAGGUGGCUAGCCAAAGUUGAUAUGUUCUCAGCAUUAUUUUUCAAAAUGUCCCCCUCAUCAUUUGAGGAGCUGGUUGUAGGAGUGGAUUCUUGGGCCCUACUGUGUGUCAUCAGAACGUUUGUUUGUUGGACUCCAGAGUCUCCAUUUUAGUAAGCUCCUCCCUUAGUUACCCUAAGAGUUCUGAAUCAGUGCAAGAGAUGCCGU